AGCAUCACUCUCCCUAUAUAUAAUAACCUCACUCAUAUCACAUAUUAUCAUCAACCUCUUCCAUCAAAAUGUUAGACAAACUUUGGGAUGAUAUUGUUGCUGGCCCUCAACCAGAACGUGGCCUUGAAAAGCUUAGAAAACUCACCACCAACAUCAAAGAUGAUGGAGGAAGUAGUCAAUUAACGAGGAGCACGUCGAUUCCGACGACACCGACGACACCGGUGACACCGACAACGCCGUCAUCGGCGCGUAAAGUUGACAACGUUUGGAGGAGCGUGUUCAAUCCCGGGAGUAACUCUGCUACCAAGACAAUUGGUGCACAUGUUUUCGACAAGCCACUUCCCAAUACUCCCACUGUCUAUGAUUGGUACAUAAUCUCCUCCAUGAUUGGAUGUACAGUGGGGAUACAAGAAGCAAGCACCGUUGAUCGGUGAUCAGAUGGACAUCAACUCUCUUGGGUUUUUUUGCAUGUAAAUAUGUUAUGUUUUGUUUAUCUUCUGCCACGUGUCGUGAUAUCAAUGGUCUGUUGCAGUUUUUUUUUAAUAUAAGCAUCUAAUAUGAAUCUGAAUGUAAAAUAGUUAUAAUAAAUUUAAUUAGCAUGCUUUAAUUAGUUUGUAUUUAAGUUUUGUAAUCUAAAUAUUUAAUCGGUUUUU